CAGAGUGAGUCCCUGGUUGUGUGCGAAGUGGACGAGCAACUGGUGGAGAGGCUGAAAAAGUUUCGUUUCCGAAAAGAGACCAACAAUUCCGCCAUUAUCAUGAAAAUAGACAAGGAUCGGCGUCUGGUGGUGCUGGAAGAGGAACAUGAGGGGAUUUCUCCAGAUGAGCUGAAAGAUGAACUCCCAGAAAGACAACCCAGAUUCAUAGUGUACAGUUAUAAAUACCAGCAUGAAGAUGGAAGGGUCUCGUACCCCUUGUGUUUCAUCUUUUCCAGCCCCGUAGGCUGCAAGCCAGAACAGCAGAUGAUGUACGCCGGCAGCAAAAACAAACUUGUUCAGAAAGCUGAACUCACAAAGGUAUUCGAGAUCCGAAACACGGAAGACCUCACCGAGGAAUGGCUGCUCGAGAAGCUGGGUUUUUUUCCACUAAACUCUAUUUUUCUACGUCGCAGAGCCCGAAGUAUUCCCUUUGUACUCCUGAAUUCUCUUUUAGACAAGAUGUCCGCCCACUCGCCGAGCGUCUGUGCCGCAAACAUGCAGAAAUCCUUAAAAUAA